CAAAUCUGAUUUUUGAAUCUUCCAUUUAAUCAACUGAGGUGUUUUUUAAUUCCUUUGCAAAUAAUUAUAAUUCUUUGUUAAUUGUUGUAAUUGUUUUUUUGGUAAUCGAACAGCUAAUUGGCCCCUUUUGAUUGAUCUCUUUUUGGUUUGACAUAAUCACCAUGUCUCUAAGUGAAGAAUUACGUCGAGAUUUAAAUCAUCUAAUCAGUACAACUGAAGGAUUACAAGCUAUCUUGAUCACCGACAGAGAUGGAAUCCCUAUAAUCAAAGCAACCACCGAUAAACCUCCUGAACUCUCAUUGAAGCCCAACUUUUUACUCUCAACGGCAAUAGCAUGUGAACAAGCCUCCAAAUUGGGAUCUGGAAGAUGUAAAACAAUUACCUGUUUAUAUGAUUCAUUUCAAAUCAUCCAUUUCAAUCACCAACCCAUAAUGAUCACCUUGAUUGCCUCCGACGAAGCUAACACAGGUUUCUUACUUUCUCUUGAGAGUCAAUUUGAUCCCAUUUUAAGCCCAUUGAAAAAGAUAGUACAUGUUAAAUAGUAACAAUUUAAGUUACCAAAUUUAACAAAUUGUAAUCUCCUCUCAUUCUACUCACUUAUUAUAUAUGAUAUUUUCAACUUGAAAGAAAAUAAUUAUUUUCCAUUUCCAAAUAGUA